AUGUCGUCGAUUUCCAGGACACUCAGGCCGCUGGCUCGCGCAGCCACAGCCUCCUCCCGCCGCUCGCUGCAACCUGCCAUCUCACGCGCCACCCCACAAAUAAGAUGCCUCUCCGCGACUGCCCCUCGCCGCGAUGCCUCGGUCGACAUCACCGACAUCCCUCCUACGCCCAUCACGCACCUCUCGGAAACCGAGGCGAUGAUGGGUGAAGCGGUUGCCAAGUUCGCCUCCGAGGUCAUCCUGCCCAAGGCGCGCGAGAUGGACGAGGCUGAAGCCAUGGAUCCGGCCGUGGUGGAGCAGCUCUUCGAGCAAGGACUCAUGGGCAUCGAGAUUCCCGAGGAGUACGGCGGUAGCGGCAUGAACUUCACCAGCGCCAUCAUUGCCAUCGAGGAGCUAGCACGCGUCGACCCCAGUGUGAGCGUCAUGUGCGAUGUGCACAACACCCUCGUCAACACGGCCAUCCUGAAGUGGGGGUCCGAGGCGAUCAAGAAGAAGUACCUGCCCAAGCUUGCAACAAACACCGUCGGCUCCUUCUGUCUCUCCGAACCAGUCUCUGGGUCAGAUGCCUUCGCACUCGCCACAAAGGCCACAAAGACAGAUACUGGGUACAAGAUCAGCGGAAGCAAGAUGUGGAUCACAAACUCAGUCGAAGCUAACUUCUUCAUCGUGUUUGCGAACCUCGCCCCGGAGAAGAAGUACAAGGGCAUCACGGCCUUUAUCGUCGAGAAGGGCACAAAGGGCUUCAGCAUCGCCAAGAAGGAGAAAAAGCUCGGUAUUAAGGCGUCCAGCACCUGCGUCAUCAACUUCGACGAUGUUGAGAUCCCCAAGGAGAACCUGCUUGGCGAGGAGGGUCAGGGGUACAAGUACGCCAUCGGCCUGCUGAACGAGGGCCGCAUUGGAAUUGCCGCGCAGAUGACCGGUUUGGCGCUAGGUGCGUUUGAGAACGCUGCUGGAUACGCAUGGAACGACCGCAAGCAAUUCGGCCAGCUAAUUGGCGAGUUCCAAGGCAUGCAGCACCAGUUCGCACAAGCGUGGGUCGAAAUAUGCGCUGCGCGCGCGCUCGUGUACAACGCGGCCCGCAAGAAGGAAGCUGGUGAGGACUUUGUCAUGGACGCCGCCAUGGCCAAGCUGUACGCUUCGCAGGUGGCGGGUAAGGUGAGUGGCCAGGCGGUUGAGUGGAUGGGCGGCAUGGGCUUUGUGCGCGAGGGGCUGGCGGAGAAGUACUUCAGGGAUAGCAAGAUUGGCGCUAUCUACGAGGGCACGAGUAACAUCCAGUUGACGAUGAUUGCGAAGCAUUUGCAGAAGCUGUAUACCAAGUAG